AUGUCAGCUCCAAAGAUUUUCGUUUUUGGAAAUGUCAAUGGACAACUUCAGCCAGCCUUCAGCAAGCUGGCAGCCCUUCACUCUAAGAACAACUUCUCUUUCGCGAUUGUCGUAGGAAAUCUGUUCGGACCUGCAGACGACGACGCCGUCAGCGACCUGAUCUCGGGCAAAAUCGAAGUCCCCGUCACAACAUACUUCACCGUCGGUACACACCCUCUACCCGAGCGAAUUGUCGAGAAAGUUACCAAUGACGAUGGCGAGAUCUGCCCGAACCUACACUACAUAAAUAAGCGGAGCGUCACCAAGACAUCAGAGGGAGUGCGCAUUGUGACACUUGCUGGCAUACUGGAUACGGAGAUCGUGGGUGGUCAAUCGCAGGAGCAACACCUGCCUUUCCACACUGCCGACGAUGCCAAAGCCCUGCGCGGCGCCAGCUCGGCUGACAUUCUCUUGACCACCAUGUGGCCGUCCUCGAUCUGGAACGCGUCUCCUAUGGCGCUUCCUUUCGAUCGCGCCAGCGUGGUUACUAGCGACGAUAUUGCAGACCUCUGUGCUACGCUCAAGCCCCGCUACCACUUCUGUCCCUCUCCAGACGCCUUCGUCUAUGAGCGCGAGCCGUUCUUCCAUCCUCCCAAGGACCCAUCUUCAGACCCAGAAGUCACCCGGUUCAUCUCUUUGGCACCCUUUGGCAACACCCAGAAAGCCAAAGCUAUGUACGCCUUCUCACUCACAUCCUCCCCUGGCCCACUACCUCAGGGCAGCACCGUUUCGCCAUUCCUUUCUCGAGGCAACUUGGCGAAGAAACGCUCUGCUCCAGAGGAAGAGGGCUUUUCGCGAUUCUCUAAUGGCCAUCACGAUGACCACCGACAUAACCGCCGCCGCAAAGGCAAUCGUGGCCAAAGACUCCCUCUACCCGGUCCAGAUCAAUGUUUCUUUUGUCUGGCUAGUGAGAAUGCAGAGAACCAUAUGGUGUGUUCGAUCGGUGACGACACCUACCUUGCUACUGCCAAGGGACCUCUUACCACUUCGGACACAUUUCACGAGCACGGUCUGGAUUGUCCCUCUCACAUGAUCAUCGUCCCUCAGGAACACGUACCCUCCAUCAGCCGCGCUGCAAUGGGUCAAGAGGGAGCUGAUCGGGCAUUUGCGGAGAUGUCGCGCUUCCGUGAGGCACUGCAGGCUACGGUGUCGAAGAAAUCGAAGCACAAGCUGGGCGGUGUCACGUGGGAGAUCAACCGGAGCACCAACAUUCACGCACACUGGCAGUUCAUGCCGGUUCCGGCCGACCUGAUUACAAAGGGCCUUGUAGAAGCUGCAUUCAAGGUAGAAGCAGAGAACCUCCGUUUACCAGGCCUGGUUUUUAAAGACUUUGGUAUCAGCGAUGAGGUGCCUGGAGACUACGUACGGGUCUGGAUAUGGUAUGAGGAUGAGGGUGAGGGACACGAGGACGGCGGCAAGAUAGUCAGCAAGUGUCUGCUGAUGCGAUUCGAUGAGAACGUCCGUUUUGACUUACAAUACCCGCGGAAGGUGAUGGCGAAGCUACUAGGCCUGGAGAAACGGGUCAUCUGGCAGGAGUGCACACAGACGACAGAAGAGGAGGCACAGGAUACCACCAAGUUCCGAGAGACGUUCCAGGAGUGGGACUUCACGCUGAUGGGCUAG